AUGCAAACUCAUCAUCACUCUUUCUCAUCCUACAUAUCCUCUUGUGGGAGUAGUAGUACUACUAGUCCCUUCUUGGACAAUCCCGAAGAUGCCGAUGUUGUGCUUCUUGAUGACGAAGAAGCCUCCAUUUCCCUUUCUCUUGGGCCUCCCGGCCAACAUCACAACCCCAAGAUCUCUACAACUUCACCACUACUGCACCAUAACCAUUACAAUCCCAACCCUAACUGUGAUGAUGACCAGAGUGGUGUAACCGUUGCUCUACACAUUGGCCUUCCUUCCACAACAACAACAACUGCACCCAACACCACCACCACCAUCAGCACCACAACAAGUAAAACUGAUACCCUUCAGGGUCAGUACUGGAUCCCUUCCCCUGCACAAAUCCUCAUUGGUCCCACUCAGUUCUCUUGCACUGUCUGCAACAAAAUGUUCAAUCGUUUCAACAACAUGCAGAUGCAUAUGUGGGGACAUGGGUCACAAUAUAGGAAAGGACCAGAAUCAUUAAGAGGAGCAAAGCCAGCAUCUUCAAUGCUGAGGCUACCAUGCUAUUGUUGCGCGGAAGGUUGCAAGAACAACAUAGAGCACCCAAGAUCAAGGCCGCUCAAGGAUUUCAGGACACUGCAGACUCACUACAAGAGAAAGCAUGGCGCCAAGCCCUUCGGCUGCCGCAAGUGCGGUAAGCCCUUCGCCGUCCGAGGAGAUUGGAGGACGCACGAGAAGAAUUGCGGCAAACUUUGGUUUUGCAUAUGUGGCUCCGAUUUCAAGCACAAGAGGUCCCUCAAGGACCAUGUCCGCGCCUUCGGCGACGGCCAUGCUCCUCAUACUGUGGAGAGCUGUGACCAGUUCGUCGAUGAAGAAGAUGAUUAUGAACUUGAUGACGACGACGACCUAGACUUAGAAGAUAAUAACAACAAUAAUAAUAGAGAGAGAGAAAAGGAGUGCGAGAAGAUGGAGACAAACAGUGAAAUGAAAGGUAAUAAGGUUCUUGCAUUAAAUAGAGAGAGAGAGAGAGAGUCAUGAAGGUAGUCAAGAGAGUAUUCAGUGACUGCAGAUGAGAGACAGACAUGCAGACAAGGGCAGUCACAGAUUCUACUGUUCACAUCUUCGCAUUUGCUUGCCAUAGAUAUUGCGCAGAGAAAGAGGGAAACAGAGUGA